AGUACCACGGGAACGUGCCGGCCGACGGGCCCACCGACCGCCGUCGACCGUUCACCGUCGACAGUCCAAAGAGGUGUGCUGACAGGGCAGUGGCGCGCUGGAGCUGAAACACAUCGGCACGUGCCCGGAAAACAGCGCUGCAAACACAUCAGCAGCUGUACCGCAGCCAGUGAUUACCAAGGCAGAAACGGAAACGGCAGCAACGGUUUUUCUGACGGCGCAGGACGGCAGAGGAAUAACAACGAACAAAACCAGCUCGACUUCUGGCGGAGGCAAUAUAUCCGCCGGUAUAACAGCAGUAACAGAAGCAACGGAAGACUGUGAGUCCGUCUUCAGUGCAGAUGCGACACUGAUACAAUCGUAACGUGCCAUCACGAACAUCUCAUCACGACCUCAGCCGUGAACGAAUUACCGUUUCGGCGUUCGUGACGGUGACCGUGAAGGUGUCGUGAGGGAUCCAUGUCGCUUUCGUGACGAGUCCGUGACGAGUGCGUGACAUUGUCGUGACAGGACCGUCCUGGUGUUCAGUGACGUCACGAGACCGGAAGAAGUGACGCGGAUAGGAAUGUGAUGCGGUGAUCGGUGUGCGGAGAGGCAUGGAGAUCGCCGUGAGAUCGUGCAUCUUGAUCGUGAUAUUUGGCGCUGUGAUGGGAGCGGUAACAGGUUACUCGGACGUGCACAUCUCGCGGGUGCGUAUGCCGGCCGUGGUGUUGAACGGCUCCCUACCCAGCGUGGUACUCGACUGUGACUACGAGCUGGAGACGGCCGACCGGACCGCCGCCGGCCUGGUGGUCAAGUGGUACCGCGACCGCAGCCCGGCGCCCGUCUACCAGUGGAUCCCCGGCCACCGGCCGCAGGCGUUCGGCGCGCUCCGAGGGCACGUCAACCUGCGCCAUGUCGUCAGCGAUGACCCGCUCAAGGUGCACCGCGCCGUGCAGAUAGUGCGUCCGACGACCCAAAUGUCCGGUGACUACACCUGUCGGGUCACUACCUGGAGAGGGGUCGACUCAGCCACCAAGAAAAUGAUCAUCUACGCGCCGGCCCAGUGGAUGAACCUCACCAGCACCAAGCCGGCGCAACACCAGGUGAACAUCACGUGCCUGGUGAACGGAGUCUACCCCGAGCCCGUGGUCGACAUCUUCGUAGGAAGCUCACAAAGCAACAGGCGGCGGAUGCGCGGUCUGCGCGUGGAGAAGUCGUGGAAGGACGGCGCGUACACGGUGCGCGUGCAGAAACUCGAGGAGGACCGGCACUUGCCCCCGGAGGCGGUCAUCGAGUGCGUGCUCACGCUGCCCGACACCGACUACCGGCGCAGCAGGAGGAUCAUGUACUUCCACGAACCAGGCAGAUACAGUCUAAGUGGUUCGUCCAGUGCGGUAUCUCCCCUCGUGCUCCUGACGGGCCUCUGUUUGCUCUGGAGUCUCGGAAUCAGUCUACGACUUCCCACCUAGACGCGCUGGUCCUCCGAGGGCGGGUCAUGUCUCAUACGGGGAGUUUGUGAGGAGGCCACCGCGGCUCUAGUCAACGCUGAAUGUGACUGUCGUCAGAACAAGAGGGUAGCUGCAUGAUACGGUGGUCUUCCAGGACAUGUGUGUUAUCGUGUAAGAAAAGAUAUAAUUCAUUUUCGUCUUCACCUGAACGUCAAGCACAAUGUUAAUUAGAUUUGUUCAAUAUAGCAUUUUGUAUUGACAGUUGCAUAAUUGAUUAUGUUACUCUACGGCUAAGUUAAGCAAUCAUUUAGCUAGCUCUAUGCAAGGAAUGAAAUAGAUAUUGUGUCAAGCGUUCUUAUGCUAAUGUGAAAAUAUUUAAUGAUAGCAAUACAUGUAUUAUAUAGGAA